AUGGCCAUCCUUUUUACCGGCGGAACAGGCAAGACUUCCAUCCGCCUAGCUCGCUUCCUCCAAAAUGCAAAUAUAUCAUUCCUCCUCGCCUCCCGCCGUGGUUCGUCCGCAGCCCCAGCAGGCAUGCCAGCCGCUAAAUUCGACUGGCUCGACAAGGAAACAUGGAAAGCAUCCUUCGGCGGUAAACCCAUCUCCGCUAUCUAUCUUAUGGAACCGCUAGUUGCAGAGCCCUGGAAGCCUAUGAUCGAGUUUACCAACUAUACGCGCAACGUGCAUGGCGUUACUCGCUUUGUCCUGGUAGCAGGUACCUCUACCGACUUAUCACGGCCUGAGAACCUAACUGAUGAGGCUCCCCGCCCUCUUAUCCGCGAGCAUAGCAAGAUAUACACGGCCUGUGGUGAUGGGAAAAUUCCCUUCGUGAGCGCUAUUGAUAUUGCGGCCGUUGCGUUCCGAGCUCUUACAGAUCCUAAAUCGCAUAACUGCGACUACCGCGUAUUAGGACCAGAGCUCCUUACCUACGAUGAGGUGGCUGAGAAGCUGUCAGCUCACCUAGGCCGACGUAUCGGGCAUGUCAAGCUAUCUGGAGAUGAGCGUUAUAAGGGUUUGACGGACGCGGGUGUCUCGGACUACUUUGCUCGGUUUCUAACAAGCUUGGAGGUAGCAGCAGCUGGUGGGUUUGAAAGUCGCAUGUAUAGCACAGUGGAGGAGGUAACAGGAGCCUAG